AUGAGCGCCUCCAUGACGACGUUGCGCCCCCACACGUUUGGGGAGUGGAGCGUCGACAGCACGGACGUCCUCGAGGUCAACGGCUACAGGGCCAGCCUCAACCUAGCCUGCGCGUGCGCCAUCGUCCAGGCGCUGCGGCCCUUCGUUCCCGAAGGUUCGGGCCUUGCGCAGUUCCUCGCAAACACGCAGGACAUUGAGGCCUUCGUGGGGACCUCAGCCCUGGGCGUCGCGCUGCUCCUCAUCCACGUCUACGUCACGCCGCUGAAGCGCGCCAUCCAAGUCAUGUGCCUCGCGGGCCUCGCGGGCGGCGCCUACCUGGCAGCCACGCACGAGGGGCACGUGGUCGACUUUGUCGCGUCACACCCCUGGGGGGUCUGGUUCGUCGGCCCGGCGUUCGCCGCCUUCACGGGCGUCGCGCUGAAGGAAGGAUUCUGCUACGGCAAGGCGGAGUGCGGCGCCCUGACUCUCCUGACUCCGGUCCUCCUCCUCGGACACCUGUCAGGCCUCGCGCCCGCGAACGUGGAGUCCGCGGAGCUGGCGCUGUGGGCGGGGCUGCUCGCGGUGUUCGCGGGGCGCAAGUGGACGCAGCGGAUCGAGGACGACAUUGGCGACAAGAGCAUUUUUGAGUUCAUGAAGUUGCCGGAGGAGGAGCAGGAGCGGCGGCUGCGGGGGUCCGGGGCGGACGACUGGUGA